CGUGUUCUUCGUUUUUCCUUUCCCCCCUUUCAUCUCUCCGUUAAAAGUUUCGAUGUCCUCCCAUCUGACUUCACUUGGACUCGACUGAGACUCCAACUCCAACUCCGGCGGCCGUACUCCGCCGCUCACCUUCCGCCGCCGUCCGGACACCGGUUGGGUACCGUCUCCUUCGUCUUCUGCCACUUUCCGGUGAGUUUAGUUUCUGUGGUCUAGGGUUUCCAUCCCCCUAGAUUUCCCAAUUCAAGGGCUUCUAUUUGCCUCGAUCGCCCCGGGUUUUGGUUUCUUUCUCCAAUUGGCUUGAUUCCGGGGUGAUUUGUUCCAGCAAUUGGGGUUUUCUUCGGGGGUUAUGUGAAAUUCGCUCCUGCUCUAUUUUUGAGGACGAGGCGAAGCAGCAGGAGUGUUGUUGGAGAUUACAUGGAAGGGAGGAGGAUUUCGGCGAGUCCUCGGCCUUGUUCUGGUCGGCGUAUUCUGGCGAAGAAACGGCCUCGGGUUGAUGGAUUCGUUAAUAGUGUCAAGAAGCUGCAGAGACGGGAGAUUUGUUCGAAACGCGAUCGUGCUUUUAGUAUGAGCAAUGCCCAAGAAAGAUUUCGCAACAUGCGUUUGAUGGAGGAAUAUGAUACUCAUGAUCCAAAGGGGCAUUGUUCACCAGUCUUACCUUUUCUGAUGAAGAGGACAAAAGUAAUAGAAAUUGUUGCUGCACGUGAUAUUGUUUUUGCGCUGGCACAUUCGGGUGUUUGUGCAGCUUUUAGUAGAGAGACAAAUGAACGGAUAUGCUUCCUGAACGUCAGCCCUGAUGAGGUUAUCCGGAGUUUGUUUUACAAUAAGAACAAUGAUUCACUUAUCACAGUUUCAGUUUAUGCUUCUGAUAACUUCAGCUCUUUGAAAUGCAGAUCCACAAGGAUUGAAUACAUCCGAAGGGGCAAGCCUGAUGCUGGUUUUGCACUUUUUGAGUCUGAAUCGUUGAAGUGGCCUGGAUUUGUUGAGUUUGAUGAUGUUAAUGGGAAAGUUCUAACCUACUCUGCACAGGAUAGUAUAUACAAGGUGUUCGACCUGAAAAACUAUACCAUGCUUUACUCUAUAUCAGAUAAACAUGUUCAGGAAAUCAAAAUCAGCCCUGGGAUCAUGUUACUGAUUUUCAAUAGAGCCAGUAGCCACGUUCCUCUUAAGAUUCUGUCAAUUGAAGAUGGCACAGUUCUCAAAGCCUUCAACCAUCUGCUUCAUCGGAACAAGAAAGUGGACUUCAUAGAACAAUUUAAUGAAAAACUUCUCGUGAAGCAAGAAAACGAAAAUCUUCAAAUACUUGAUGUUCGUAAUGCUGAAUUGAUGGAAGUUAGCAGAACUGAAUUUAUGACUCCAUCAGCAUUUAUCUUUCUGUAUGAAAACCAAUUGUUUCUGACAUUUAGAAACCGAACUGUGGCUGUCUGGAACUUCCGUGGGGAGCUUGUCACUUCAUUUGAGGAUCACCUUUUAUGGCAUCCAGACUGCAAUACCAAUAACAUCUAUAUCACUAGUGAUCAGGAUCUCAUUAUAUCCUACUGCAAAGCUGAUUCUGAUGAUCAUUGGAUGGAAGGAAAUGCUGGUUCAAUCAAUAUCAGCAACAUCUUGACUGGCAAGUGUCUGGCCAAGAUCAAUGCAAGCAACGGAAACCCCAAGGUCGACGACUGCAGCUGUGCUGGCAGUGGCAGCAGCUCGAAAAAACAGUGCAACUCUUCACAGAUGAGAAACACAGUAGCAGAGGCUUUGGAAGACAUUACUGCACUUUUCUAUGAUGAAGAGCGAAAUGAGAUAUACACUGGUAACAAGAAUGGCCUGGUACAUGUGUGGUCAAACUGAAGACCUGAUUUUUUAUUUGUUUUUUUUUUCCAUCUUAUGUUGAAAGUUUGGCUAGACAUUGAUCAAACUCUGAUGAUUUGAUGAUGAAGAAAGAUGGUUCAUAUGGUCAGCCCUAAUGCAGAUUCAAUGGUAGAAUAAUAGGUUGUGACAGUGACAGUAGUUGAGUAGAAGGUUUGCUUGCAUUGUAACAUUAAUAGAUCUUAAUAUGUUAUGUAUCUUGUUGUAAAAAUCUACCUUUGGCUUUACAACCAUAGUCAACAAUUUAAGAUUUUUUGUCGUA